GCCAUUUUUGACAGUGGGUUCGCUAGUUUAGUGAAGUGAGUGUGUGAAGAUACUUCAAUCAGAUUCUUUCUUGGACCUGUAAAUACUCCGCAUAAAUUACAAAAUGUCUUCAUCAGUUCUACCAGAAGAAAAUCCAAUCUAUGGACCUUUCUUUGGAGUCAUGGGCGCAGCGUCGGCUAUCAUUUUCAGCGCACUGGGUGCCGCAUAUGGAACAGCCAAGUCCGGCACUGGUAUCGCCGCUAUGUCCGUGAUGAGACCUGAAUUGAUCAUGAAAUCAAUCAUUCCAGUUGUUAUGGCUGGUAUCAUUGCUAUCUACGGCCUGGUUGUUGCGGUACUGAUUGCGGGUGCUCUGGAGGAACCAAAAACCUACUCACUUUAUAAGGGCUUCAUACAUCUCGGCGCUGGUUUGGCCGUAGGAUUUUCCGGCUUGGCGGCGGGUUUUGCGAUUGGAAUCGUUGGUGAUGCUGGAGUACGAGGAACAGCCCAACAACCUCGUCUGUUUGUUGGAAUGAUCUUGAUCCUGAUCUUCGCUGAAGUAUUGGGUCUAUAUGGUCUUAUCGUAGCCAUCUACCUCUACACCAAAUAAACAAAUUAUUAUGGAUUUCAAGAUACACAAGUCGCCUGCCUCCCAAAUCCCCUAAUAUAUAUGCAGCAGUGCAGUCUGUCUAUUAUUUUUGCCACUCACACUUAAAAAUAUAGUGGCUGUACCGUUAUUUAUAUUAUAUUGUUUAUACAGAAAGCACUGUUGUAUGAAAAGUAUCUGAAAUCAACACAUCUCAUGUAAGGUUACUUUAUUGUAAAAGUUAUUUUAUAUGUAAUUUUUAAUAACAUUAAAAUUAUUUAGUUCUUUCUGUUAGAUGAAUUGUGUGUUAGAUCUUGUGCUGUGAUUUACAUACAAUUUAAUACAGAUUGAAAUGCAAUCUAUAAAAGCAUUAUUUCAAUAAUCAUUAUAUAGUAAUUUUGAUUUUGACUAUUUGCAGAUAAAUUCAUUACAUUUUAAAAUGUUUACUUUAUUAAGCUAUACAAACCUUGAACUUUACACUUUGUAUUUCUAGAACAUAAGUAUUAAAUAAAUUGUUAAAAAUAUUUGUGGCUAGAUUUUCCUAUUGCUAAUUGUGUGUACAGGUGCGUUACAUAUCUGAAUUUUUUUUGUUGAAUUAUUUUUAAUGUAAUAAAUCAUAGUAAUAUUUAUUUCCAAUUUGCAAAUAUGGAAACUACCAUCCCUAUAUUAUAUAUAAUUGUAUAUAUUCCUGAAUUGUUUUAUUUGAAUUUAUUUUAAACACAAACUUUAAUUAUAUUCAAAUAAUGAUGGACGUGAUUUCAUAUAUCCCUAAACUUUGGAUCAGAGUUUGAGAGAAGCCUAGCCAUAGUGUAUAGAAAAUUAUGUGUAGGUGUAUAAUUAAGAUUGUCAGGAGUCAAAUAUAUAAAGCAUUGAUACAAAUUAUACAUUCCAAUUUUCUGUAAACCGUGUUCUUUGGUUGAUUAUGGUUUAUAUCACAAUUUAUGAAUCAUGUAAAUUAAUUGUAAAUUUGAAAUGUAUCUCCGAUGUAAAUGUAUUAAAAGAA